UCUGAUGACGCCGUGUCUGACAGCAUUUUGCCCCACAAGCGCAGUGCAGAAUGGAUGUAGAAUGAGAAGCAAUAUUUUCAGAUAAUACCUUAUCCAGUGCACGACACGCUUUCCAGAAGGUUUCUCUCUGACAAGUAGCAAUUUUUUUAUGAAUUCAUGAAGCUUUGAAAGAGAUGCUUUACUUGGAGGCGGUGAAUUACUCACUUUGAGGAAGUGAGAGGAAACAAGGUCGACUUUGUAAGCAAAUGUAGCUAUAUCAUUAGCCUGAAAUAAUUUGAAGGAAAGACAGCAUGCAUGCUGUGUUUCUGUGGACCACGCCGACAUGGAAUUUUAUCGUUUUCUGACCACCUAUAGACAAAAUAUGGAUAAUUGCGCCUGCAUCAACGAAAAUGGAGAGGAAAACACCCUUUGUUUUGGGGAGAGAACGAAGGACCAACACCGUUAACUAGGUAGCUUGCUUCCUGAUACCGAGGCUUGGAUGUUGUCGUUUUGUCAGGAUAGUUAUCUAAAAUAUGAAUAACGUUACAGCAUUGUAAAGCCCUGGUUUCAUUGUAUGUAGCUAGCUAGCUGGGACACUAGCCAGCCACCUUACUAGCUAGUUAGCUAAGUCAUAGCAAGCCAAUUGCAAAUUGUUAUUUCAGCUGGCUAGCGUACUUGUUAGCCUACUAGCUAGCUAGGUGGUUUAUUAUUGGACAGAAGCCUAUUACAGUAGCUAGGUGUUGACUGCUGAAGAGUGGCAGUCAAUACAGCUGUCUGUUCAGUGUGUCAAGUUAUUCUAUAGUAAAUACCUUAUAGUACCUUAUCUUUAAAUGGCACUGAUAAGGAUGUAGUGAGCCAUCUACUCCAUGGUGCAAUACAGCCAGGAUUGUAAAAAUGUAUCUGACUUUCAGAGGAACAUAACAUAAAACUUGAUUGACAGCACUGAAGUCCACCGCUUCGUUAUGCGUCUUUCCUCCUUCCUGGCGGUGUUCAGGCCUGCUCUCCCCCUUAUCCUGGGGCUCUCUUUGGGAUGCAGCCUGAGCCUGCUGAUGGUCUCCUGGACCCAGGGAGACACAUAUGACUCGUGUGGAGAUGAACUGGGCAAUAGGGGAGACCCCCCAGGGGACCAGAGAGGUGGUCCUGGGAUUGAAGACUUCCAGCCACGCAUCAUACCAUACCACAAGGACCCCAACAAACCACACAAGAAGGUCCUCAGGACGCGCUACAUCCACACAGAGCUGGGCAUCCGAGAGCGCCUCCUGGUGGGCGUGCUGACCUCGCGGGCCACCCUCAACACGCUGGCCGUGGCGGUGAACCGCACCGUGGCCCACCACUUCCACCGCACCUUCUUCUUCACGGGCCUGCGCAGCUCCAAGGUCCCCCACGGCAUGACGGUGGUGGCCCACGGCGACGACCGGCCCGUGUGGCUGAUGUACGAGACGGUACGCCACCUGCACCAGCACUAUGGCUUGGACUACGACUGGUUCUUCCUGGCCCAGGAUGACACCUACAUACAGGCCGAGAGGCUGGCCGAGCUGGUGGGCCACCUCAGCACGGGACAGGACCUCUACAUGGGCCGGUCAGAGGAGUUCAUCGGUGGGGAAGAGAGGGCCAGGUACUGCCACGGGGGUUAUGGGUACCUGCUCUCCCGCAGCCUGUUGGCCCGCCUGCAGCCCCACCUGGACACCUGCCACAACGACAUCCUCAGCGUCAGGCCUGACGAGUGGCUUGGGCGCUGCAUCAUCGACUACCUGGGUCUGAGCUGUGUGGAGGUACACCAGGACAUGACAUAUCGCUACUUUGAGCUGGGGAAGAAAGCAGACCCAGAGCGAGAGGACAGUGCCCAGUUUAAGAAUGCCUUCACAGUCCACCCUGUGUCAGAGCCCAGCCUAAUGUACCGCCUGCACAAACGCUUCAGCCAGAUCGAACUGGACUGGACCUACCUACAGAUACAGCAGCUGCAGGUCCAGAUCAACAACCUGAGUGAGUUGACCCCAGAGGGUAAGGUGGGGGCCAUCUGGCCAAUCGGGGUCAAUCCUCCCUUCAUGCCAAAGACUCGUUUCGAGGUCAUCAACUGGGAUUACUUCACCAAGGAGCACAUCUACUCAUGCUCCGACAGCGCCCCCAAGUGUGAACUGCGUGGCGCCAACUGGGCCGACGUGAGUGCCGUGCUGGAAACGGCCAUGGAGCACCUCAACGAGCGCUACCAGCCCCAGCUGCGCUUCAAGAAACGCCGCCUGCUCAACGGCUACCGGCGCUUCGACCCCACCCGGGGCAUGGAGUACGUGCUGGACCUGGCCCUGGAAGCCUUCACCCAGAAAGGUCACAGCCAGGUGAUCGCCAAGCGGGUCAGCCUGCUCCGCCCCCUCAGCACCAUUGAGAUCAUCCCCAUGCCCUAUGUGACGGAGGCCACCCGGGUGCAGAUCAUCCUGCCCGUCACGGCCCGCGAGCAGGACUUUGUGGGUAACUUCCUGGACAUGUAUGUGAUGAACAUGCUGGACACGCACGACAACGUCCUGCUCACCUUCCUGUUUGUCUACGACCCCUUUGACGCCCAGCACGUCAGCCAGUCGGACGUGUUCGCCGGCAUCAAGGCCAUGAUCGGCGAGGUGGAGAAGCGCUACGGUGACGUGAGGAUCCCCUGGAUCAGCGUGAAGACGGAGGUGCCGUCGCAGGUCAAGCUAAUGGACAUAAUCUCCAAGAAGCACCCGGUGGACACGCUCUUCUUCCUGGCCUCGGUGUGGACCGAGGUCCACGCUGACUUUCUCAACCGCUGCCGCAUGAAUGCCAUCAGCAACUGGCAGGUGUUCUUCCCUACCCACUUCCAGGAGUUCAGCCAGACCAUCUUGUACCGCGACCAGCAGACCUUGGCCUCCUUCCCCGCCGAGGCACUGCGCGACGGACGCUUCGACCGCCACGUCUUCGAGGAGGCAUGUUUCUACAAUGCCGACUACAUGGCGUCGCGCACCAAGAUGGCCGCUGACAUCCUGGACAACGACGAGCUGCUGGAGAGCAUGGACGUGUACGAGAUCUUCGUGCGCUACUCGGGCUUGCACGUGUUCCGGGCGGUGGAGCCGGCACUAGUGCAGAAGUACGUGCGGCGGGUGUGCAACCCGCGCUUCAGCGAGGACAUCUACCACCGCUGUGUGCUCAGUAACCUGGAGGGCCUGGCCUCGCGGUCGCACUUAGCCAUGGCCCUGUUUGAGCAGGAGCAGGCCAACAGCACCUAGGGGGUCUAGUGGUGCUUUUCCACUGCAGCACUGGUGUCACUCCAGGCUUUUUUCAGGGCCAGGCCUCAAAGGCAACAUCUUUGGGCCAAACACUGGUGCAAAGCCUGACAGUGGAAAUGCACCAUAGGUUUACCAUCUAGAAUGACUUGAUACCUUUGGCCUUCUUUAUGAACCUGAACCACACCGCCUAGACUUUUGGACGAGGCAUAUUAUGGGAUGUUGAAUCUCCAAACGGAUCCCUAAGGACCCAUGUGCAAUCUUAGGCCUGCAAAGACUGAUGUUACAACGUGUAUUCCUGCAAACUGUGCGUGCAGGCUGGCAGAACUCUGUGCUUUCACUCCAAUGGUAGCCCAAGGGGAGGCUCUAUCGGAAGGUGAUAAAUGAACAAUGAGCUCUGAGAAAACUGGCAUGAGCCAUAUGUCUUCCUUCAUGGCUGUGCUGAAUUAUGAUUCUAAUACUGGAUUUAAAGAGAAGACAUUAAGUGUAUAUGUGUAUUUUCUUUCAAUUGACACUUUCGUUUUUUUAGUAUGUUUAUCCCAUAGAGUGUGAUUUGUUUCAUGUGGUUUGUUUCAUUCCCUAGACAGAUAGGGGGGAAAAAACAGACCCUACGGAUGUUAAAGGCAGAUGUCGCUUCUGGACUCUUUUCUGAUGUUAUUUUGGAAUCCCAGACCUAGCUAUUUCCUUUGCUAGCUACAGUAUCCGGUGUGCAGUUCAAUGUUUGUUUCAAACACAGUCAUCUUACCGUGGGGUCUCAAUUAGAGAAGACAAAACAGAACAACUUGUUUUUGAGACCUAUGGCCACAUGACAACGGCAGCUGUUUUUCACUGAGUGAGGAGUGAUGCAUACUUUGCAAGUGAAGACCAUGGAUUGCGAGCCAAGGACAAGCUAAUAGGGUAGGAGAUUCUAGUGGUUGAUACUCCUCCAAUCAUAUUCAGAACUCUGAACUCUGUAUUCUUCCUGGCUUGCCUCAGAGCUCUGUAGCAAUGUACAGUUUGUACCAAAGUCUGCCUCCUCACAUUAAGGUAGUAAUCCACCCCUCCCCGGGCCUCCCUAGAUUUUAGCUGGAACUCUUUCACGUGUCCUAAGUGCACGUUCAGAAUGACUUACAUGCUGACCACACCCCUUGCGUUACGUACUCGAGCGUUGCAAAAUAAGUGUACACGUUAUUCAAUGAUUGCAUCCAAACUGCUCGCCCGCGUCAACAAGUGUCUGCAUAGCCAGGCGCUAAAAUAGAACUUUGUUCUAUUUGUGCCGCGCUGCAAGUCCCACCUCUCCCAUCUCCUCAUUGGUUGAUAGGAGCAUAUACCCACGUGGGUGAUUGAUAGGUGAGCUGAGGUCCACACGCCAGUCCAGUUGGUGGUAAUGCACCUUAAAGUUGGUUGCCAACCGCCAUAUAAAGUCCAAAGAAGAGAAAUUACUAGAAACUUGUCUGUGGAUUAAUUGUCAAGGACCUUGUGCAUUUCAGGUAAAAAUAACAACCCAAUGUUUAUAUCCCAAGACAAAUGAGCUAGCUAGCUAAAUUGCCAUCAAUGUUUAAUGCUUUUCGACCUGUCCCCAAAUGAAUAUAGUCGGUUCAGAGUUCGUUUUGAUAUUUCAACCUGUGUGUCCUGGUCGCGUCUGGUGUGGAUGGACAAAAUCAACAUGCGUGCGCACCCGGUCUAGUCAGCAUGUUAGCAGGGUGGGUCCUGUCCACUUGGCAGCGGUCCAACAGGGAGUGGGAGGGGAGAAGCUGUUUCUUCAUAAUGGGGUGCGGGUUCAGAGAAAUAAAUGGGCCACUUCACAUCCUCUCUCUGGGCAGGAGCGAGGGGAUUAUACUGAGGGGCGAAACUGCCCCCUGUGAUCGUCAAUUUAGCUAGCUAGCUUAGUGUUGGUGAUCGUGUGCCCAAUGGAGCCGCUUCUUCUUAGCUGUCUGGUCGUCUGCAAUAGCCCAUCCGUGACAAGGAUUGACGAGUUGUGCGUUCCGAGAUGCCGUUCUGCACACCACUGUUGUACUGCGCCCCGCCUGUUAGCUUGCACGAUUCUUGCCAUUCUCCUUCGACCUCUCUCAUCAACGAGCUGUUUUCGCCCACAGGACUGCCGCACCAUUCUCUGUAAACUUUAGACACUGUCGCGCAUGAAAAGCCCAGGGGGUCGGUCGUUUCUGAGAUACUGGAUCCGAAGAUCAUACAACGCUCAAAGUCGGUUAUGUUACUCGUUUUGCGAAUUCUAACGUUCAAACAGUAACUGAAUGCCUCGAUGCCUGUCUUCCUGCUUUAUACAGCAAACCAUGGCCACGAGAUUCACUGUCUGUAAGAGCGAUCCAUUUACGUGAAUGGGGUGGUGUACCUAAUAAAGUGACAGACAAAUGGUGUAAAAAGAGAGCUGUGAGGAACAUGGACUCUCCACAAAGUCAUGCACAGAGACUGCGGUUACCACCUAUCCAUUUAGAUAGACCAAUAUGAAUGCUGUUUGUCAGAGAGAGAGAGAGAGGAGCACAGUUUAAGUACAGUCUUUUAUAUUAGUCAAAUGACAGGUUUCCAUUGUCAGACAGAGGGUGAGUUGUAGUUUCUAGAAUGCCCAGCAAGGGGUGCCCAACAGUCAAAGAUGCUCCAUGACUGCCAAACAUACAAGAACAUCUGGGUCAAACAAGUAUCGAUUGACACAAUUGAAUACAACAACUAGUAUGCUCCCUUGAUUGGUGAAGUUGACAUACAUUGAACCUGUAGUGACAAAAACUCUCAUAUGCAGAUAACAUCUAUGCUGGCUGGGUAGCACACAGGUUUUUAGCAAAUGUUCGAAAAAGGCCCCUUCACAAAAUAUUUUGUGCCAAAUCCAGUGCUCUGCAGAUCCGCUUCCAUGCAUUCGUGAGGGUAUUUACAUGUCCUGUUUGAAAUGUAUAAAACCUGUCCAUGCAGCAUGCAUAGGUCUUUAUGAAACACAACCUCUUUAUGCUGAGUAUAGGAGCUCUCAGCCAUGUUCAAGAGCAUCUUGACACAAAACAAAUGUAACAAGGACACAAGUUUGAAGUGUCGACUUCAAAUCAGAAACUGAGAAGGCUUCUCCCAUGACACACAAAACUAGAAGGGCACAGAACUGAGUUGCUGUGGUAGUUAGAGAUGAGCAAGCCUUGUAUGUGGCGAGAUGGAGGCAUCAUCACUCCCAGCAUUCAAUUCUAUGGUUCUGCCCCAUUAAAACUCAACAAGGACCUAAAAUACCCCCCCCCCCCCAAGU